GUGCAUAGCACCCGGACACAGGCGAGGGGCACAGGUCUCGCGAAACGGCAGGGCUUCGCGGCGCUUCUAGGGCCGAGGCGCGGCCCAUUCCCUCGGGACCUCAGCCCAAACAUCGACCCUGAGCACUAACAGGUGUCCUGCAAAGUCACGUACUUAAGUUGCAUUUAGAAUCGUAAAGUAUAACAAUGUUUGGAGGGUUCCCGUUCGGCGGGAUGGGCGGUAUGCCCGGGGGCUUUGGAGAAAUGCCAGGCGGUGGCCGCGGGGGCCCAGCAGCAGGGCCUAAGAAGAGCAACAACAGCCGCUACUAUGAGCUGCUGGGCGUUAGCAAGGAUGCAGACCCUGAUGAGAUCAAGAAGGCGCACAGGAAGCUGGCUUUGAAGCUGCACCCCGACAAGGGCGGCGACCCUGAUAAGUUCAAGGAGAUCAACGAGGCCUACGACGUGCUAAAAGACCCCAAGAAGAGGGAAAUUUACGACCAGUAUGGCGAGGACGCUAUCAAGGAGGGCAUGGGCAACGCUGGCGGCCACGGCGGUGGCAUGUCCGACCUGUUCGAGCAGAUGUUCGGUAUGGGCGGAGGCGGAGGUGGACGCCGGCAGCGCGAGCGCAAGAGCGAGGAUGUGGUGCACAAGCUGCAGGUCCCGCUCGAGGACCUUUACGCGGGCGGCACCAAGAAGCUGUCCAUGUCGCGGCAGCUGCCUUGCGACGGCUGCAAGGGCUCCGGCUCCAAGUCCGGAAAGCGCUACGAGUGCAACACCUGCCAAGGCACGGGUGUGCAGGUGCACCUGCGCCCGCUGGGCCCGGGCAUGAUGCAGCAGAUCCAGUCGCGCUGCUCGGGCUGCGCCGGCUCCGGAUACAACUGCCCACCCAGUGACUCCUGCACGGCCUGCAAGGGCAAGUGCUUGGUGUCUGACAAGAAGACGUUCGAGGUGCACAUCGAGCCGGGCAUGAAGCACGGCAGCCGCAUCGUGCUGCGCGGCGAGGCGGGCUGCACGGAGCCGGGCCUGGCGCCCGGCGACAUCAUCCUGGUGAUCGUGCAGAAGGAGCACGACGUGUUCCAGCGCGCGGGCGUGGACCUGGUGAUGGAGCGGCACAUCUCGCUGCGCGAGGCGCUCACGGGCUGCACCUUCAACUUCAAGCACCUGGACGGCCGCUUGCUGCGCGUGACCAUCCCCGAGGGCGAGGUGAUCAAGCCCGGGACAUUCAAGUGCCUGCCGGACGAGGGCAUGCCCUUCCAGGGCCGGCCAUUCAUGAAGGGCAACAUGUACGUGCGCUUCAACGUGGACUUCCCCGAGUCCGUCACGUCGGCACAGGCCGCCGCCAUUCGCGGCGCGCUGCCGGCGGCGGCGUCGCAAAACAACGGCGCGGCCAUGGACACGGACGAGGCGGAGGAGGUGCACCGCAUCACCAACGUGGCCGACAUUGAGCAGGAGCUCAAGAGCCGUGUGAACGUGGGCAAGAGCGCGGGCGCCAGCUACGAGUCGGAUGACGAUGACGACGACAUGCCGCGCGGGCAACGCGUGCAGUGCGCGCAGCAGUAAAGCGCGCGGCUGUCGCGGCGCGGUGCUGCGGAGCAGGAGCAGGGGGAGGGGGCGGGUAGGUGCAGGUGGGCGGUGGACGAGUGGUGCAGGCGCGCGGCGGAGGGAGGGAGACCUCAGCGCCCAUCCACCGGGCGCUGUGGCGGGCUGCGGUCGUCGCCUGCUGUCGAGCGUUGCGUAGGGUGCUGGGCUGGCCCUGGUGGAGUGCGCGGGGUGGUUCGUGGUGCCAUCCUGUUGCAUAAGGGCUGAACUUCAAACCCUACUACAGAGGAUGGCCUGGUCGGUCGGGCCUAGGGUCUAGUCAAGGGGUCAACAGGGGAGCUACCGGGUAGUAGUGUGCGGCAGGAGGUGCACCGCCAGGACGCGGGGCGCGGUAUCGGCAGGCGCACAGCUGGCGUGAUGCUCUCGCGUAGCCGGCGGGCCUGCCAGCCGCGUGUGUGAGUAGACUGCUGUCCAGAAACUUAUGAGCGCCCGUGUGCGCUUUACGCAUUAGGUGUGGGUUUAGCGUGUUGCCGUGCGGUGCUGCGGUCGGCACGGUCGGUGCAAUUCACAAGUCGUGUGGACGCGUUGUGCGCGCGCACGUGCAGGUCUGUGGACAUGAACGCGAGAGGUGCCGGUGCAAGGGGCAUCCUGGCACACAAGAGAGACGAGUGAGCUUGGCACCUGGGGCACGGUUAGUAAGACCGAGGGAGACUGUGGGAAGCCAUUGAGGCAGCUAGGGAGUUCUGGAAUGCGGGAGGGAGGCAUAUGUAAAUCGAGCUUCUGUACUUCUGUUACGCGGCGUUGGCGAGAGCCACGAAUGGCAUUAAUACCGUGGGGGCAUAUCGCACCCGUGGAGCGCACUGUACUUCUGUUACACAGGAU